AUGUUAGGAAAUUCAGACAAUGUUUAUAGAGUAAAAUUUGCCAAUAAUAAAACAAAAGUUCAGAAGGUGGCGUUGAUUGUUAAUACUCCAUUCUCUGUUACUGCAGCAUUAUAUAAAUUAUAUCCUCUAUUAAUUAUCUGGGAUAAUGUAUUAAAUCAUUUACUAUGGAUUACAAAUGAUACUCCAUUACAUAUCUUAUAUCUAAUAAUUUGUUGUUUAUCAAUCAAUUAUUUAUUAUCUGAAAAAUUAGAUUGUGUUAAUUUUGAAGCUUUUCUGGCAUCAUUGAUUGGGUUCAUAACCACUUCUUUCAAUUGGUAUUCUUUCACAUAUUACAUUAAUUCUGUACUAAUACAAAUUAAUGAUAGUGAAGAAGCCCCUACUUUAGAAGAUAUAUAUUUUGUAUUAAAUAGGAUUACUGAUAAGAAUCUGAUAAUAAAAAACAAUUUACUAAAAAUUAUUGGAACUACAAAUACAAUAACAGAUAAUUCCAUCAAUUAUAAAUACUUUUGCAUAAAGAAAUUUAUUAUUUGUAUUUUACUAUUAACCCCUUUCCAGUUCUUUACUUUUUACUUUAGAUUUAUUGAUAGUAAGAAAUAUAUAGUCUGGCUAUUCGUUGCUGUAUAUCUUUAUAAUUCUUCAUGGCUGGAGGUUACAGGAUAUUUAUUAUGGAGAAUAGUUUGGGUGAGAAAACUUUAUUGUGGAUUUUGGAAUACAAAUAGUAAAUUACAGUGUAUUACUAUGAAAGAUUUCAUACUUUUGCUAUCUGCGUAUUUGAAAGAUGUAAUAAAUAUUGAUUUAAAUGAAUUACAAAACAAUUAUAAUCAAGAAGGUGCAAUAUUUGAUUUGGCAAAAGAAAUAAGAAGAAGCAUUGAUGAAAAUAGUGUGGAUAACCAAUAUAAUAUGACACAAUAUAAAAUAAUACUAAGUGAAAAUUAUUUGAAUAAUAAAUAUGAAAUUAUAGAAAUUAUCAUUCAACAAAAUGAAAGGAAAUGGUAUCCAGAUAACUGGAACAAUAAUUUAUUAUCAUAUGAAAAACCUUCAUUACUAUAUUAUAUAUCUCAAAAUAUUUUAAAAGUUUCUGAAUUAAAGAAUUUGGAAGACAUAGAAACAUCUUUACCUCUUCAUUGGGAUUGGCUUGAAAAUGAUUGGAAAUAUGGCAGAUGGAUAUAUAGUGAUACUAAUUGGAAUAUUUUGGGUACUGAAGAUUCAUUGAACGCAUAUACAAGGACAAGAAUAAUUAAACGAUUAGUAUUUUGCCAGAUCUAA